AUGGUUGGAAUGGAAAAAAGAAUUAGAGAAGCAAUAGAGAAAGUAGAAGGAAAGAGAGAUAUAGGAAGAGGAAAAAGGAGAGGAUGGUGGGAUGAAGAAUGCAAGGAAGUGAAAAGGACAGUGAGGAAAGCAUUAAAAGAGUGGAUGAGAGGAAAAGGCGAGAGGCGAGAAUACAGAAGAAAAAGGAAGGAGUACAAGGAGUUAUGUGAAAGGAAGAAAGAAGAAGAGAACAAGAAAUUGGAAAAAGAAGCGGAAGAAGCGAACACAGAAGAAAAGGUGUGGAGGGUAGUGAACGCGGAAAGAAAGAAAAGGAAGAGGAUAAACGGGGAAAUAGAAAUGAGGCAAUGGGAAGAGUAUUUCAAAACUUUGCUGAGAGGAGUGGAAAACAAGGUGAUAUGGGGUGGGAAAAGGGGGGAGAGAAAGGGAGAGGAAAAGGAGAUAGAGAGGGAAGAGAUAAGAAGAGCAAUAAGUAAGGUGAAGGAUGGAAAAGCUGCAGGAAAGGACGGAAUACCAAAUGAA